AACCCUACUCUUACAAAACACCAAUCCUCGUCAUGCGAUCAUCGCCUCCUUCCCUCAACCUUAUUUCAUUCAACUCAUUCAAUUGUAGUACCCAAGUUUCAUUCACCCCUAGUGAAGAAAAAGUUAGGCUUAUCAGGGUUGUGUUAUUGUAUGCAUGAGAAUUAUAAUCACAGCACAGUGUUGAAGCUAGACCCGUGACCAUCACCAUGAAUAGCAUGGGUUCAUCUUCAGAAUAUCACACUCAUCAGCACCCUCAUCUUCCUCCUGGGUUUCGGUUCCACCCCACAGACGAGGAACUAGUGGUUCACUACCUCAAGAGAAAAGCAGACUCUGUUCCUCUUCCUGUCGCCAUCAUCGCCGAGGUUGAUCUCUACAAGUUCGAUCCGUGGGAGCUCCCAAGUAAAGCAACGUUUGGCGAGCAAGAAUGGUACUUUUUCAGUCCAAGGGAUAGGAAAUACCCAAAUGGGGCGAGGCCUAACAGGGCUGCAUCUUCUGGGUAUUGGAAAGCUACCGGAACUGACAGGCCCAUUCUUGCAUCUCAUGGCCACCACAAAGUUGGAGUCAAGAAAGCACUUGUUUUCUAUGGUGGCAAACCCCCAAAAGGGGUUAAAACCAAUUGGAUCAUGCACGAGUACAGGCUUGUUGGAAGUUCCUCAAAUUCUUCCUCAAACCCACCUUCUCUGCCUGCACGUAGUACCAAGAAAAACUCAUUGAGGCUUGACGACUGGGUUUUGUGCCGAAUAUACAAGAAAAACAACAGUACCAUGAUGCCGAGGUUUCCCUUGAUGGAUCAGAAUAAGGAGGUUUCUACGGAGAGCACUAUGCUACCAAUGAUGUCAAUUUUGUCAAUGGCCAACAAUAACAGCACUCAGAAUUCCAAAGCCGGGACUUCGAGAAGCGCAAGUUAUGGAGCCAUGGGACUAGAAAAUGAUGACAGCUUCUUUGAUGGAAUCUUAGGAGUUGACCAUAGCAUGCAGCAAGAUGUUUCUGAUUCCCACCAAGUCUCUUCAAAGGGAAUCUACCCUGUGAAACGAACACUCUCGUCACAGUUGUGGAAUGACACAGGAUCAUCUUCUUCUGGCAGGAGAUUCCAUUGUGAUCUCAAUGCAGGAAGCAACACUGUAGAGGAAGAUAAUUCCUUCGUUUCACUGCUCAGCCAGCUUCCACAGAACACAGCGUUUCACCCAAAUGCACUUCUUGGCCCAGUUACUAAUGAUGUAUUGAGGCAACAGUUUCACCUUUCAAACAUGAACUGGAAUGUUUAGGGUGGUUAUUAACUUGUCAUAGGAUAGAUACUGGGUUAGAUAAUGUACCUGCCAUUGCAGGUCUCUAUUAAGCUUUAGUUUGGGUUUGGAGUUUAUUAUUGGACAAAACUUACAUAUAAUGUUGUUUGUGUUUUGUUUAUAAGAAUGUGAGUGUUAUUUUGUAAUCGGCA